UCAUCGGUUGAUCCACAGCAGUAGUCAACUUCAUCCAUAGGUAAGAAAAAGUAUCUGUGUUCUUACUUACCAGCAACGCCAUCGAUGUUUUGCUUUGCACGCCUCAUCACCAUACAUACGUGAAAAAGCAAUUAACAAUUUCCCAACAUCCAAGAUGGAUGUAAAAAGCGCACAUGAUAUGGCAUUAGAAACAGGAGUCAUAGAAUUAAUGGAAGCCGUAGCAUUAGAAAUCAAGAGAACACCCAAAUUUACAACUUUACUCAAACGCCUUGACAAAACUUUAACAAACAUCCAGCCGAUAUUGCACGAAAGCGGCCGAUUAAGCAAAGUGUUGGACCGUCCAGAACCGGAGACCGAAAUGUUCAUAAUUUAUUUGGGGAAUGGUAAGAAACUAGUUCUGGAGUGCUCAAUGAUCAAGUGUUGGAAUGUGUACGAGAAGUUUGAUCAUGCUAAUAAGUUGAUUCGGUUGGACCAUGAGCUAUUGAGGUUCUUUCAGGUUGAAUUGCAGGAUAAUAUGACUCUUAGUCUGAGGACUUUGAAGGAGGUUUAUGAUUUGGGCGAUAAAAUGGAUCGAGUACUUUCAACGGUUACUAAUCGGGCAGGUGGAUUUUCAAGUUCUUUCGGUGUUCCUGAGCUCCCGGAUUUCAUCGUCGGCUUGGAUGCUCAUCUUCAAGAAUUGAAACGCAUUCUGCUCAAUGUCGCUGACCAGGUGCUCACCGUCUCGGCCCCGGGAGGUUGUGGUAAGACUACACUAGCAAAGAUGCUUUGUCAUGAUAAUGAAAUUAAAGGCAUUUUUGGGGACAAUAUAUUUUACAUUACGGUUUCUAGGACAACUUCCCUUAAGACUAUCGUCCAGAAAAUAUUUGUGCAUCAUCUUCAUGUAAAAAACUGUGAGUUUCAAUCUGAUGAGGAUGCAAAGAACCAACUAGAGAACAUGAUAAGUCAAAUGGGAUCGGAAAAGAUAUUGCUGGUUCUAGAUGACGUGUGGGCUGAAUCUCAAUCGAUUAUCCAGGCCCUUAAAUUCCCUAUCCCAGGAUACAAAAUCUUGGUCACAUCAAGGUCCUUGUUUACUAUUGCUUCGACAUAUAAAUUGGGCUUGUUAAAUGAUGAAGAUGCAAGAACCCUAUUUUACCAUUCAGCGUUUCCCUGUGAUGGGGAUCGUAUUAAUGUGCCUGAAGAUCUUAUAAUCAAGAUGGUUAAGAGCUGCAAGGGAUUUCCAUUGGCCCUCAAAGCAGUCGGUGCAUCACUACGCGGUCAAGGUGAGGUCGAGUGGAGAACAACUUUGAAGAAAUGGUCUGAAGGUCAAUCUAUAUUUGAUUCAAACAGUGAGUUAUUGCUUAGUCUUCGGGCCAGCGUUGAUGCACUUGUUGAAUCUUUGCCAAUAGCUCAUGAAUGUUUCCUUGAUAUGGGUUCAUUUCCUGAAGACGAAAAGAUUGCAGCUUCUGCUCUUAUGGAUUUGUGGAUCGAGUUAUAUAAUCUCGACAAAGAAGGAAUGUAUACCAUUGAAUUUCUUCUUGAGCUUUCUUCAAGAAAUCUUUUGAAUCUUAUUGUUGCAAGCAAAAAUGCUAGUGAACUUGAAGGUUACUGUAACGAGCACUAUGUCACACAACAUGAUUUACUAAGAGAUUUAGCCAUACAUCUGAGUAGCCAGGAUCCAAUACCACAAAGAAAACGAUUGUUGAUAGAAAUCCAUGCGAACGAUAUACCCGCAUGGUGGAUUAAACAAACACAACAACCAAUUUCUGCUCGUCUCCUAUCAAUUACAACAGAUGAAACAUUCUCGUCUGAUUGGUAUGAUCUAAAAGCACCAAAAGUUGAAGUUUUAGUAUUAAACACACAAGGUAAAAAGUACGCACUGCCCCACUUUAUAAAAACAAUGAACGAAUUGAAGGCUUUAAACGUCACAAGCUACGGGAUUUAUCCUUCCGAGUUGCAUGAACUUACUUCGAUUAGUCACCUAUCCAACUUAAAAAGAAUGAGACUCGAACACGUCUCGCUUUCUCCCUCAAUUCAAUUCAUUUAUGAAUUGAAGAACUUGCAGAAGCUUUCCUUUAUCAUGUGUGAGAUCGGUAAUGCAUUAGAGAGUUGUACCGUUGACUCCCCUUCUAUGUCACCAAACCUCAUGGAGUUUGAGAUGGCUAAUGCGUUAGAUAGUGGUUCCGUUGACUCUUCACCAAUGCCACCGAACCUCACGGAGCUUGAAAUCGACGGUUGUUAUGAUUUGAAACAAGCGCCUGCUAGCAUAUGUUAUCUUGUUCAUCUUAAGAAACUUAGCAUCAUUAACUGCCAUGAGCUUGAUACCCUUCCCAAAGCACUCGGGAGUCUGUUAAAUCUGGAAAUACUGAGGGUUCAUUCUUGUACGCGAUUGGCCAAAUUACCUGAGUCAAUCGGGAACCUUCGUAAUUUGAUGUAUCUUGAUAUAUCUGAUUGUUUGAGUAUAAACUCGCUGCCUUAUCAGAUUGGGGAGCUAAAUGGGUUGAGAGUGUUUAAGAUGAGUGGUUGUCAUGGACUAGAAGAGUUGCCGGCGUCUGUGACCAAAUUGUCUUUGUUAGAAGACGUGAUAUGCGACGAAGAGACAUCGUAUUUAUGGCGUUAUUAUGAAAGUGAUCUACGUGAUACUAAGAUAAAUGUCGUUGAAGAUGACCGACUCGCAAACUUCAUGAAAAUAGUGGGGUAGUAGUUCUAAUGGUCCGGAUACUGGUGGUCUGCGCUUCACUGUCUCGUUUGUCCAAUAGGAGCGGGCCACAAAGCCAUAGACCUCAGUUAACUAUUAGUGUUACGUAUUGGUAUUGUUGAAAUUUAUGUCUAGCUUUCACCUGUAGGUUAUUUCGAUUAUGUUUUGUGUCGUAUGUAGACUUAUAAAUGUGUGCUAAACUCUGGGUAGAAACAUCUGAUGUUGCUAUGGGUUUGAGUUUUGUUCAUGUUUGAUGUGUGAUUACAGUUUAGACCUUGGCAUUUGUCGAUUUGUUUGC